AGCGUCGCCCUCGGGUUGAUUUCGGACGCUUUGGCGUCUGCGGCUGAUGUGCACGCGUGGAUCUUCCCAGGCCACCCGCUUUGUAUGCCGUCAGUGUAUUUGGGCCUCGUCUCUCCGGUAUCCUAAUUUACUGCCGGGAACUGGAGCGGCUUAAAAUACUUACAAGAAGCCGAAGGGGUUUUGUCCUGGCAGCGAUCGCUAGCAUGUAAUUUUGUCCUCGUCCUGAUGAAGCACAUCUCGAAGGAGAAGAGACGACGCUCAGAAAUGAGCUCUGGGGGUGGCGAAGGCAGAGGUGUGCUGUGACUUUAUGACCCCUUAAGUUCCAUUAGACUGCCAUGAGAUGGGCUUUAAUGCGUUUUUUCUCCACCAUUCCCUGUAGUCUGGAUACUUGAUCCCAUAACUACAAGUUCUGUUUUCUGUGUGGCACCUGCCUGUUCACUGCAUCCUGGUGGCCACUGGAUUUGAUGUUAUGACGUUGAUGUUCUUCAGCAACUCCUUGCUUUUAAGUUUUUUAUUAGUAUCCUCAUCUUUGUACGGUGGCCUUUUGUAUGCUCUUUCAUGCCAUCGAUAGAAAGCCGUCACAUAACAUCUGCUCACUUUUCAAAAUGAGCUGUAACUUUUUACUUCUUUUAGACAUGUUUUUUUUUUCUAGGGAGCGUAUUUAGAGCAACUCUGAAAACAAAAAAAUACCCGCUGAUGUUCUAAAAACUGCAGGUGUGUGUGCAGUUACAAUGAGUGAGGUAGUGCUGCGAAAUGUGGACAUUUGUGUCUGGUGCCUUAAAAUGAUGUUGAUUUGAAAUAAAAGGAGCUUGUUAGUCUUAUCUGAGGUUCCUAUCUUUAGCAUCACUGCUUUUGAGUUUGACAUUGAGUAUCAGUAAUUUCUUCUACAGCAUUGCUUUGGCAAACACAAAACUGUGUCUCUCUUUUUCAGUAUUUACUGGGUCAGUCAAAACACACUACAGUUCUUAUUUAACUCCUCCCAUUUUGAGGAAAGGGAAACUAAUCCUUCACUUGAGUUUCAUUUCGGCAACUCAUCCAUAUUCUUAGAAUGUAAAUAGGCAGAUAAAGCUCUCUAAUUAAUAUACUUUUAAAGGAGUUUAAUAGUAAGCUUUAAGGGUUUUUAUAAGCAUUAAGAUAUUAAAAUAACCCCCCUUUAAAAAAAAAUUCUGUGCAACAUAGUGUUCCAAACACUCAUGACGUCCCACAAAAAUACACACUCUAUACUUUGCAAACAAAAUCAAAGUUGAAAUACAGCAGAUGGAUAUGCCCAUGCAUGUCUCUGCAUUUCCAUGGAGUUUACUGCAGGGAAUGUUGUUAGGCUUUAGCUGUGCAGGUAGGUCUGUGAAAGGUCAUGGGUAUUUUAGGUGGAAUAGCUGUAAUACUUAAAGGAAGAGGCAGGGAUUUCUUUUAAAACGUUUUGCAUUGUUUGAGGGCACACUGUCAAUUUUCUUCUGUACGUGGCUGGAGUUCUGGUUUUGUUCACAAGUUUUAAUGCCUCCAGAGCAUUCAGAUUGUUCUUUUUGUAUGUGUUUGUUCUUCAGAUUAUUUUUUUUUCUUAGAGCAACUUCUGGAUUGUGACAACUGUAAAAGCAACGACCGUUUUUUCAGUCCAGUGAGUGGACUUUUUGAACCUUGCCUGGCAAAGGAGUAUGUUGUCCCUGAGACUUGUGGCCCCUGGAAUAUUGUCCUGCAUCUUUAAAGAGGAGUUCUUCCUUCAGUGAUGAACAUGUAGUCACCUCUGUCUGACAGUGCCUGAAGAAUUUUUGAGGGCAGUGAGAAUGAAUACAAGAAGAAACAGUAAAUCUUCUGCUAUCCAUUUAUGCCUUACAACCUGCCAAAGGCAUGAAUCAGUUUCCAAAACUAGUUGCUACUUCUGCCUAUGUACACUAAUUCUCAUUCUUCUCCCCUCAGCCUAGAUGGUAUACUUUAUGGCAGAAGCUGCUAAUGUUUUUAUUCAAUACUGAGGAGCAAAGAUCAAAUUUGUCACCACUGUCUCAGAGGGGUUUUCAGUUCUCAGGCAGACGCAACUGGAAUGCAGCAAAAGACUUGCAGAGAUACAGACAUCAUUACCCGGGUCUGAUAGAAUCAGAAAAUGAGGAGGAAGAAGAGAUGUGGAACUUAAGCUUUUAUAAAAAUGAGAUUCGUUUUUUGCCCCAGGGUUUGCAUAUUGAAACUCUGCUUGAAUCUUGGUGGGACAACUAUGAAGUUCUGGAAGAAAACCAUUCUUACAUACAGUGGCUAUUCCCUUUACGUGAACAUGGGAUGAAUUGGCGUGCCAAACCACUCACGUGUCAAGAAAUCCAGGCCUUUAGGAAGUCCAAGGAAGUUAUGCAAAGGUUUAUACGUGCUUAUCAGCUCAUGCUGAGAUUUUAUGGAAUCCUUCUGGUCAAUGAGGAAACCGGAGAACUUAAGAGAGCAGAGAAUUGGGCUGAACGAUUUCAAAACUUGAACCGGUUCAGCCACAACAAUUUGCGGAUUACUCGCAUCCUGAAGUGCCUGGGGGAGAUGGGAUAUGAACACUAUCAAGUGCACUUGGUAAAGUUUUUCCUAACAGAAACUCUUGUUAAGGAGACAUUACCAAAUGUCAAGAGAAGUGCCUUGGAUUACUUCCUGUUCACCAUCAGAAGCAAAUGGAAGAGAAGAGAACUAGUCCACUACGCUUGGCAGCACUUCAAGCCUCGAGGCAGCUUUGUGUGGGGGCCGCAUGACAAACUCUUGAAGUACAGACCCCGAUCUGCCAAGUCACAGCUGCACCAAAAGGCUGAAGAUAAACAGGAAACCCCUGGUGAAAAAUCUGAUGAUUCUGUGGAAAAGGAUGAGAACCAGUCUCUAGAGGAAGAACAGAACGCUGGAGAUGCUGCAGACUCACAGCCUAAAGUGAAUGAUGAAGAUGUAAAAGAGAAGAUAAGUGAAUGUGUUUUGAAAGGAGGAGAUGGUGAAGAGGAGAAAGAGGCUUCAUUUACACAGCAGGAGCAGAAGGAUUUAAACAGUGAGGCUGAAGAAGUGCAGGGUACAGCAGAGAAUGACUGCACAAAGGAGAGCAAGAAGAGAAAACUGGAUGCAAAUAUGGCAGACGCUAAAAAGAGUGGACCAUUGAAAAGCCCUACUGAUAUUGAAAACAUUUCCCGUAAUCUGGGAGAAUGUGCAAUUGAUGCAGAAAUCCCCUCCUCAGUUCCGCUCUUGCAAACAGAAGAGGAGCAGGAAACACUGAAAGAAGGCAAUGCAGGCACCAAAGGCUCAACAGUGCUGGAGACUGCUGAUGCAGCUGUAAAACGGAGGAAAGUUGAUAAAAGAACAUCGAGAACCAGAACGUUCAACUUGGCCAUAAACCUGAACAUAAACGUGAACAUCGGGCCCUCUGUCUCUAGUGCCAAGUUAAAUCCAUCUGUUGCAAAUGCCGAGGCUGAAAAAGAGAACGUCAGUGAGAGCAACGCAACUGUGGAAGUGACAACUGAGAAGGGUGGUAGUGAUGCAAAUGGUGGGGCUGUGAGACCCCCGGUGGGUUCCAGGUUCCCCAAGACUGGCUGGACUUCUCCAAUAAGUGAUGGCUUGGAGUCGAGUAAAGAUCAAGUCACAGCAAGGAGUCAUCAGUACCACUGCAACAGCACGGUCCUGGCAGGCAAAAGUGAGGUGGAUGGGGUAGAACAGCAUAAAAAGGCAGAAAACGCAAGUGAAAAAGGGCAAGCAGAAGUCACAGGCAAGAAACAAGUUCCAGAGAGUCUUGAGCAGAGCAUGGCAUCCAUUUGUCCUGAAGAAGACAGCGCUGAGGUUGUAACACAAAAACCUGAAAGCUCUGAGCAUGCGGCAGAACCUGAUAAAGAGCAGGUAGCAGCAGAAUGAGACCAGCACGGCAA